UACGAAGAGGUGAAAAAGAGAAUUGCCUCUGGCUGUCCUCUGCCCACAUUCGAACCAUGGCGUUGAUUGCAGGCAUGGAAGUGCGCACUUAUUCCAUCCGACAGGAGAGAAGGAUGGAGAGAAGAUGUAAGGCUUAAAUACCUUCUAUGCAUAAUAAAAUGAGGGCUUUAUUCUGGUGCAGCGGCACAAUGAAUGUGCCAGUGGGCUCUUUUGUCUUUGUCCGCUGGUCUCGGGGAUCCCAAUUUCCUUUUCAAAGACACAGAGAUGAGCUUUUUUGUUUCUGUGCAUUUGACAACAGUCUCUUUGAUCGGCAAAAUAUCAGGGGUGAUGGCAUUAGUCUUUUCUCCUUUCAUGCAAAUCCGGCUCUGUCAUAUGGCACAUCAUGCAGUCUUCCUCCUGACAUGCACUUCCUUUUUUCUCCCUCCUGCUCUCUCUUUCUGCCUCUAGGUGAAGAUUUUACCCCUGAUGACGAUCAUCGGGGUGCAGGUAGCCCCACGUCAUGAUUGACCUAAUUGAAAGAGACAGGGGUAGCCUGGGAUUCAGAUCAGGAAAGGAAGGCUCCUCUACAUAUGUUUGUAUUCAAUGAGAAGAACCCGUAAAGCAUGGAUUUGUGCAACAGCACCAAUGGCACUGCUGAAGUGGUCAAUAAAGGCCCCACCAGCAAGAUCCUGAUAUCCCUGACUCUGUCCCUGCUGGCGUUGAUGACCACGGCCAUCAACUCUCUGGUGAUCACAGCCAUCAUCGUCACCAGGAAGCUGCACCAUCCUGCCAACUAUUUGAUUUGUUCAUUGGCCGUCACUGACUUUCUGGUGGCCAUCCUUGUGAUGCCCUUCAGCAUCGUCUACAUAAUGAAAGAGACCUGGAUCAUGGGCCAAGUGGUGUGUAACAUCUGGCUGAGCGUCGACAUCACUUGUUGCACCUGCUCCAUCCUGCACCUGGCUGCCAUAGCCCUGGACCGCUACCGGGCCAUCACAGAUGCAGUGGAAUACUCCCGCAAAAGGACACCCAAGCGUGCUGCCAUCAUGAUCUCGGUGGUAUGGACCAUCUCCAUCUUCAUCUCAAUGCCCCCACUGUUCUGGAGGCACCAGAACGAAAACAAGGAUGAUGAAUGCCUCAUCAAGCACAACCACAUCGCCUUCACCAUCUACUCCACUUUUGGGGCCUUCUACAUCCCCCUUGCCCUCAUUCUUAUCCUGUACUACAAGAUCUACAGGGCAGCCAAGACCCUGUACCACAAGAGGAGCGUCAGCCGCAUUACCAAGGAGGAGAUGAAUGGCAACAUGCUGCCGGAGUGCAUGGACAAGCGCUCAAAGAGCAAUCCUGCCCUGUGCCCUCCAGAGAAGUCCUACUCUGAGCCUUCUACUGAAGGGGAGCGCAUGCACAUCACCAUCAAGAGCCCCAAGAGUGAAUCCCACCGGGAAAAGUCCUGGAGGAGACAAAAGAUUUCCAGCACCAGGGAAAAGAAAGCAGCCACCACUCUGGGCUUAAUCUUGGGGGCUUUUGUGAUUUGUUGGCUGCCUUUCUUUCUCAAGGAACUCAUCGUCAACGUCUGCUCUGUGUGCAGCGUGUCCUUAGAAGUGGCUGACUUCCUGACAUGGCUGGGGUACCUAAAUUCUCUUAUUAACCCCCUCAUCUACACCAUCUUCAAUGAGGAUUUCAAAAAGGCUUUCCAAAAGCUCAUCAAGUGCAGACAUUACCUUUGAUGGAGAGAGGACGAGCAGUGAAGGACUUUGAGUAGAAGAACCAAACCUCAUUUAAAUGGUCCAAGAGGAAAACUGACACUGGGGGGCAUAGAUCUCAGUAAUGUGAGUUACAUUACAAUGACACUACAUCUUAAUGAAUGUGGACCCUCUAUUUUCCCAUGGAUCUCAAGACUAUUUCUGUAUUAUUUUUUAAUUUGAUUUGUGAGGUUCCUUUGUCACCAUAUUUAUGACAACGAUCUACACCACUGCUUGUGGUUUAUUGCUUUAAAUAUUUUGGAUCUAGUUUCCUUUUGAUUUGUAGGGUCUUUUUCUUUAUUUGAUAUGAAUGAAUGGUGAAUGCUGAAGAGUUUUGGCAAAGGGUUACAGGGGAGAAGAUGUGCUUGUCAGACGACACUUUGGUAAUAAUUAUGACCAUUGGUAGAACACUGUUCUCAUUUCAUACCAUUAGAAGGCUUACUGUUUGAAAUGAAGACACUAUACCUGUUUCUGUGGUUUCAUAUCCAGAGAUUACCUUAAAUAUAUCCACAGCUUUGUUAUCUUUUAAGACGCAGUUCUCUGUGUUCCUUCUAAAGCUGCCAUCAGGUAAGCAUUGCAGAGAUCAACAAGACGAUCAGUCAGUUUAAAUCUGCUUUUCUGUCUGAAUGCUGUGAAACUAAUGGAGUCUAUUAACCAAGCAUUUUCUCCCAUUUUUUUAUUAGCAAAUAUCAAAACAACAAGCGCACAGCACCCUUUUAACUCAAUGUGUGAAGUAUCAAGUUCCAGUCCCUUACGUCUAAUGGGUGUUGACACUUCCUAAGAGAGAAUUAACAAGGGAAGAUGGAGGAGAUGUAAGAACUGAUGAGUAGCAGUAGAGCCUGUGUGGUGUCUUUUUUGAAACCUGAGUAUUUCUGUAGAUUUUUAUUCAUAUUAUUGAGUGCAAAAAAAUCUGAGCCAGAACAAUACAUUAUUUAUUCUUUAUACCAGCUUAUAAAAGGAUUUCAUUGCACUGCAUGAUGCUUUCUUGCACAGCGGCACAGAGCGAUAAUAUCUUGUAAAUUAGGAACAGAAUCCUGUACAGUUGGAGUGCUCUGUGGAAUGUGUAUGUUGUGAUUUGUCCCUGCUGAGGAAUCACCUUGAGGGUACACGGGAUAUACAGCCUAGUCAAGUGCAGAGUAGGGAAAGGGAGUCAUAUAAAAACUAAAGCAUGUCCAUGAUUGAGAGCCAAACUACAGAUGCGCAAUCAACUUAUCAUUACCAUUUUAUUUAAUCCUUAGCAUCUUUUAAUCAGUAUUCAUGAUAGAAAAUACCAAUAUCUGAUAUUCUGAAUAUUAUUCAAGAAUAGCCUAUUCGUGACAUUUCAUAUUUAGGGGAACCGACAUAGUGAAGAGGAAAAAUCAUUCUUUACACAAUUGCACUGAGGAGCCGAGGAGUGCAAUCAAUUCAUACAAUUAAAUCCAAUUAACCUCAUUUGUCAAGGCAUCACUGCAUUGCAACUUCGUUUUAUUAUGCAUUACUCUUCGUGCUUAAUUACAUUAAUUUUGACAGGCAGUAACUGGGUUUUGACAGGCAGCCCAUUUCGUGUCCACUCAUUUUCAGAUUUCCCCCCAGUGUACUGUAUGAAUGUGUCACUCAUGGAUUUAAGCUACACAUCCAUUACCACAACUGGGUUUUCAGGAAUCAUGGUUUAAAUUGUGCCUAUAGGAGAAAUGCACUGAUGAUUGCUAGCAUUGUACAUUUUUUAUAUGUUGCCAUAGACACCUCAAUAUUGUAUUUGCAGCUAAUUAUUUUAUUGCACAAAGCCUUUUCAUUUCAUUUUUGGAUUGGAAGCACUUUAAGAGUAGCAACAAUCUACGUGCUUUUUCAACUGUUUUCAAGAACAAUUUUUUUUUUACCUGCUUUGGAUUUACUGUAAAUGUUAUUAAGCGUAAGCAUAUUAAGCAUAAUAUUAUUAUAAGCAUAUUACAAGUAUAAUAAUAAUAUUAUUAUGCUUAUUGAUCCAACAAGAGAAAUAAAAGGCUGUCAGCUUAAGAUGCCGCCAAAGUUUUGUUUCAGGUUCCAUGGGGCUGAUGUGACUGUGUGGCAAUAUGGGAAGUGUUUUCCUUGCAAAUCCCGAAUUCACGACAAUUAGGAAAAUUAGAUGAGGCCAGCAGUCACCGACCUUCAAACCUUCAAAGGAAGAGAUGUCUUCUUCUUUGCACAAGAAAGAUGGCUUCUCUUUCAAAAGGUACAACAAAAAUUUAAGGAUUGUACUGUAAAAUGUCACAAAAUCAUAUAUAAGUUGUAUACAGUAUAUAAAUAGAAGGAAAUGGGAAAUCGUGUAUAUGUAUUGUAAAAAAUAUUUUUCUUGGUCAUCCAGAUUCUUUAUACAAUAAAUG